ACCCUCCUCAAAUUUUCAUAACCAAUCCAAAGCACAAUGCUAAAGCAUUCAAGAACCUCAACUAUGACAUCCUUAAACUCUGUUUUUCUUUCAUUGUUAGUAGUCUUAUUGCCAUUUUCAUCAAAUGUUCUUUCAGAUACAACCAACGAAAAGUUCUACCAAUGUGUUUGCCAGAAUUCUGAUUACUGUGUCCCUUUUUCCGCAGCUUUCGUCACCCCAACCAAUGCUUCUUUCACCACAAUCUUACAAUCCACAGCACAAAAUCUCAGAUUGUUAGUGCCUUCUGUUCCUAAACCACAGCUUAUUUUUACACCAAUGGCAGAAUCCCAUGUCCAAGCUGCUGUCAUUUGCUCAAAACAGCUUGGUCUUCAGCUUAGAGUUAGAAGUGGAGGCCAUGAUUACGAAGGUCUCUCUUACAUUUCUGAAAUGGGGUCUCCUUUCAUUAUUCUUGAUCUCUCAAAACUCCGAGGAAUCGAGGUGAACAUAGAGGACAACUUUGUUUGGGCUCAAGCUGGGGCAACUGUUGGUGAAGUAUACUAUAGGAUUUCUGAAAAAAGCAAGACUCAUGGAUUUCCAGCUGGUCUAUGUACUAGUUUGGGAAUUGGUGGACACAUAACAGGUGGAGCAUAUGGUACUAUGAUGAGGAAAUAUGGGUUAGGAGCAGAUAAUGUUGAGGAUGCUAGAAUUGUUGAUGCAAAUGGUAGAAUUCAUGAUAGGCAGAGUAUGGGGGAAGAUUUGUUUUGGGCAAUUAGAGGAGGUGGAGGAGCUAGUUUUGGGAUUAUACUUUCUUGGAAGUUAAGGUUAGUCCCUGUUCCAUCAAUUGUAACAGUUUUUACUGUCCCAAAAACACUAGAACAAAAUGGGACAAAGAUUAUUUACAAAUGGCAACAAGUUGCUGACAAGAUUGAUGAAGAUCUCUUCAUUAGGGUGAUCAUGAAUGUGGUUGACAAGAAAGAUAGAAAAGGUGAAAAGACUAUCCAAAUGGCUUAUAAUUCAUUAUUUCUUGGUAGAAGUGACAGACUUUUAGAAAUAAUGAAUGAGAAUUUUCCUGAACUAGGAUUGACACAAAAAGAUUGUGCAGAAAUGAGUUGGAUUAAGUCCAUCUUGUACAUAGCUGGUUAUCCAAGUAACACCCCACCAGAAGUACUCCUUCAAGGGAAAUCUUUGUUCAAGAAUUACUUCAAAGCAAAAUCAGAUUUUAUGAAAGAGCCAAUUCCUGAAGAUGGUCUUGAAGGGUUAUGGAAAAGGCUAUUGGAAGAAGACUCGCCGUUAAUGAUAUGGAAUCCAUAUGGUGGAAUGAUGGCUAAAAUCUCAGAAUCUGAAACCCCUUUUCCUCAUAGAAAAGGUGUCAUUUACAUGGUUCAAUACUUAACACUUUGGAAUGACCCUGAUAAAGAAUUAGCCACAAAACAUUUUGAUUGGAUCAGAAGACUUUAUAAUUACAUGACCCCUUAUGCUUCUAUGUUUCCUAGACAAGCUUAUGUGAAUUAUAGAGAUCUUGAUUUAGGGAUGAACAAGAAUGGAAGUUCUAGUUUUAUACAAGCUAGUAUUUGGGGAAACAAAUAUUUCAAGGACAAUUUCAAUAGGCUAGUGAAAGUGAAAACUAAGGUGGAUCCGGAGAACUACUUCUUGCAUGAACAAAGUAUCCCAACACUUCCCAUUUCAAGGAAUGGAAAAGGGAAGAGUAUGAAUCAGUGAAGAAAGAGCUACUAGUUCUAAUUAAUUUAGCAAAUAAUACUUAUUAUGCAUUUUAAGUUUUCAUCUUGCAAAGUUGUGUAAUGUUCAAAUGGGUUGCCAAACCAUAUAUAGUAACAUCUAGUGUUUUUAGAGUCUUGGUGGGAAGAACCAUUUGCCUCUUGUUUGUUU